AUGGAUGUGGAGCAGAUGAGAGGAUCGACCUUGGAGACAAUGGCUGAAGCUAUUGAGGAUUCUUCCGUCGUCCUUAUCUGCUUAUCAGAGCGAUACAAGGAGAGUCCAAACUGUCGUGCAGAAGCAAAGUACGCGUUUAAGAAAAGAAAAGAUAUUAUUCCUUUGAUGAUGCAACGCAACUACAGGCCAGACGGUUGGCUGGGUUUUAUCUUGGGAGAAAAGUUCUGGCAUGACUUUCAAAGUAAACACGUAUUGGAACAAAGUGUAACGAAGCUAAUUAGAGAGCUAGGGGCGAGAGGAAAGGAGCUGGACUUGACAGAUGGACCAUCCGAACCAGCAGUUCGAGCAGUUCAAGCCGAUCUUCUUGCCGCACCCUCAUUCCCAGGGGUGUCUACCUGGACUAGUGAAGAGGUGAAACAGUGGUUCAAAGAAAUCGGAUUAGAAAAGGUUUGCAAGGAAGACAUUUCAGAGAUGAAUGGACAGUCACUGACCGGCCUUCAGCAACUUUGUGAGGAAUCCCCCGAGUAUUUCUACAGAUGCCUAGAACGGGACGUGAACUUGAAGAACAUACUAGAUGUACUCGAAUUUACGAGGGGACUGACGAAGCUGUGCCAAGUGGCAUGA